GUCUUCGAUGUCAGCCGCGCCAGCAAGUUCUACGGGCCCGAUGGCCCGUAUGGGAUUUUUGCCGGAAGGGAUGCAUCCAGAGGCCUAGCCACCUUCUGUCUAGAUAAAGAAGCUCUCAAAGACGAAUAUGAUGACCUAUCCGACCUUGAUGCUACACAGCAAGAAACCUUGCAAGACUGGGAAUCGCAGUUCACUUUUAAGUAUCCCUGCGUUGGCAAGCUACUGAAGGAAGGAGAGGAACCCACUGUGUACUCGGAUGAAGAAGAAACAACAGAUGCAAAAGAUGAAAAAAAGAAAGACUAGAGAAUGCAGUGAGGAACGCUCUAUUUUUGUAUCUUAAAGGACCGUUUGUAACAUUCCAGUUCUGUUUUAUAAGUUGCAGUCUCAACGAUACACAGCUGAGGUACAGACUUGCAAUGAAUUCAUUUUCUUUGGAAACACUUUCUUAUCUAAAUUAACUGGUAACCCAGAAACUACUUCCAUAAAAUCUGGAUAAUAAGAACAUGCGAUAUACUCCAAAAGCACCUGAACAAAAUUGAGCUGCAACUUUUAACUAAAAAGUUGGUGCUGUUUUUAUUUCUAACACUAUUAGUACCAAGUAGGUAGAAAUCCAGGCACUUUUUCUUUUUAAUGUCCAGGGCUUCAAGCCUACGAACACAGAAACAGUUGUGCUUGAUUUAGCAUUUGUAGGAUCUGAACCAUAGUAGAAUUUCUUUAAAGCAGAAAUCAUGUGUUCUGGUUUCUAGUGACGCAUCAUACAUUUCUAUGAUGCUAUAUAAAUAUUAAGUUUAAUGGUAAUGUUGAGUUGAUAUUGUUCUUGCCUAUUAAUUUUAAUGUCAGAUAAGACUGACGUUUUAGAGAAACACACGUGCUCUUGAGUGAAGCUGACUAGCUUAAAAUCCAAGACUAAAUCACUUGGCAAAAAACUUGCCACAACCACAUAUCUGGAUUAAUGUUUUCUGUUGCUUUUACUUUUAAAACACAUCUGAAGUGUUACAAAGGUUUAGGUAUCGGUUUUCAAAUGGACACCCAGAAAGGGUAAACCUCAGAGCAUGACUACUAUUCAUUCACCUUUUAUUAGCAAAACUCUUCAUGGACUGAACCCAAUGUUCCAUCCAAAAGACGUGAAAUGGAGGCUAUGGGGAAAAGCCAACUGCUGCUGAUUCUUGGGCCUUCUGUAACCUGCAAAAGAUUUGCUGGCCUAGCUCUAUGAGCAUCCCUCAUACUGCAGAUGCAGAUUUCACUAGUGAGAAAGCACGUCUCUUGGUGUCGCUUACAUCAGUUUCCCAAACAGAAUGAGCUAUACUGACACAAUCAGCUUCUUGCUGGUGUAAGCACGCCUGCUCUUGGGCUUUGUUACCCCCUAACAAAUAGGGUAACAAAAUAUAAACUAAGUGAAAUCACACUGCAUCUGGCAAAGGGUGCUACUGUAACCCAAGCCUUUGAAAUGCUUUUAGCUUGUUGCUUCAUCUCAUAGCUCAUGUGCAUGCCUGAUUAACAGGAUUCUUUGUAUCAAGUAACUAAUCCACAUACAAACAAGAGACCUAGGGGAUGGCUUUGUCCCAUGAGAAAGAUCAGUAUUGCUGUUAGGCCUGGCUAAUUAUCAGAGACAUUUCUGAGGAAUUUUAAGGAGUAAAUGGCUCGCUGUGAAAUGCUACCUUCCCCAAAAUAAUUUGGCUUGGAUAGUGUGCACACAGGCAUCAUAGUUCUUUUUCCCUAGUUUGUUUCUUUCAGAUGCUGCUCUUGGGUAUCAUUAAGCCAGCGCGAUUCCCCUUUUUUUUUUUUAAAGUCUUUCCCUUCUUAGUCAGACAGCCCCGGUGUUCAUUGGCCUGUGAGGUUUGUACUGGGCAGUCUGUUUGUUAAACUUCAGUCUGAAGAUUUUUUUUACUUUAAGGGUGUGAGUUUGCAGUAAGCCAGCUCUGCAGAACGCUGAUCACCCUUUACCUGCAGUUUGUGUCUCAAGUACACAUAACCUUUUACUAUUGUAAUAAUAAAAAGCUAAUAAAGAGUGGGCAAGGUUUGGUAUGUAGAGUUACUAAAAGUUUUUUAAAGCUAUAGUAGAGUCAUUUUAAAAGGUACAUAGUUGGUCUGGUGGCUUAAGCCAAGAGGUCAGGUUUUUUUUCCCUGUGGGGGCAAAACUAAGUCACUUAAACUCUUUGUGCAUCAUUGUCCUCUUUGCUACAGGGGCAUUAUGCCUGAGUGUAUUCAUACAGAGGUGGAAGAUGCUACAGAAAGGCAACAUGUUACCUGCUUUCAUUUUGGCUUUUUUUUAGCAGCUUGACAAAAACUACCUUUCCGUACUCUGUAACAGCUACUACAUGGUUUUGUAUGAAAACUAACUCAACAGUUCUUGCUCUGUUGAUGACGGUAUUUGAUAACUUCAGGCAGAGGAACUGGAAACUCUUACAAAUGUACCCCUAACAAAUAGGGAAUAUUAUAUAAACAGAGCAAAAAAGGUGAAUGCAUUCCAUGAGGUGGCAGCAGCUUCCAUCGUACGUACACAGAAGGGAAAAGUGCCUGAGAUAGUAAGAACUGAUGACUUCCUUUGAUCCUUGUAUUGAAAAAUACUGUCGUGUCUUGGUAAAAUAAGGCCUUAAAACGUAGCAUAGUUGUUUGGACAGGUGAUUUUCAUAAAGUAUUACUGUAUGAACUACCUAAUGAGGGUCUAGACGUAUAUAACCUAGUUGUAAGCUUUGUGUUGCUAUUUUUAAAGGCAUUUGUACUCUUUAAAGGCAAACUACUUUUAAUGGUUUUACCUCAAAUAAGAAAAGUGCUUUUUACUUAUUAAAGGUAGAAAAUAAAGUGGUCUUACCUA